GUGCACUAAAAAUUACCGAAAUUAACAAAUAACUGUGAAAUAGUAUUGCGAGAAUGUGAAAUGCGUGAAAUAUUGGCGAAAACCCGUUGCUAAAGCACGAAAAAUAAACAAAUUGCGAAAAGUCAAUGAAGCGCCGCCGACAAAUGGUGGAUUUUGUGUAGUGAAUCGAAGGUGCUGUGAAAAAAUCUAUAAGCUUAGUGAAGAAGAAGAGCAGCACAGUGAAAGCCAACAGGAAAACGGAAAAAAUUCAUACAUAUUCGAAUAAAUGCAUAUAUACAUAUGUAUAUACCUAUAUAGCGAUUCAUACGUAUGUAGUGUGUGUGUGUGCAUGUGUGUACAGAAAAAUUGUGUAGCAAAUAACAAGGAGAAGAAGAAGAAGCAGUGGUAGCAGCAAAUAAGCGCUAAAGUGCUGUGGAAGUGGUAAAAACGCGAGUGGAAAUCGUUCGCAAUUGAGCGAUUAGUAUAGCAGCAGCGCUGUUGUUGUUGCUGUUCUUGCUGUAUUGUAUUAUUUCCACUGUGGCGAAGAAAAGUUUGUACCAAAUAUGACAGGAAAACAAUGAACAUCUGAGACUUCAAAUUCAUAAAAUAUUUGUUGUUGGAGAAUCUGCAAAAAUGCAUUAAAAAAAUGUAGAAGUUAGCAAAUGCAAAUAAACAGCAAUAAAUAAAGUAAUAAUAAAGCCGAAAUAAAUGUGGUGAAAACGCACAAUAAGCAAACAGAAGUAAUCAAAGGAAUAAAACAUAAAUACGCACAAUUGGCAAUAAUACGCGUACAUGCCAGAAAAGUAGAGCAUAAAAUAUAAACAAAGUGAAAACGCGAUAAAGUGAAUAAAGUAGGAAGCGAAAGUAAUUGACUUAUUUUCGAAGGAAUACUUUCAAAGAAAAAGUGGAGAGCAAGGCGCGUAGGAAUAUAGUUUAUUUUGAACAAGUGAGAAAAGAAAAGCCUUCAAAAUUAAACGCAACAAUAAGAAGAAACCCCACAGCAAUCAUCCAUCCAGUUUGAUGAAAAACAUGGACAAAAAUGCCGGCGGCGACGGCAGCGAUGGUAAAUCGGGUGUCGGCGUCGGUCUGGGUGGUGGCGGCAGUGGUAAGGCCGGCUCUAGCGCCAGUGGGGGCGGUGGAGCCGGAGUGCACGAUCCCUCCGCAUUGUUGGAUGCCGCCUCGCUAUUCGCUUAUUGGGGCCGUGAUCCAGCAAGCGCCGCCGCAGCCGCUUCCAAUCCGCUAUUCAACUCACAAUUUAAUGCUGCCGCAGCAGCCGGCUUGGGGUUGUUGCAGAAUCCAGCUAGUGCAGCAAAUGAUCGCUAUUCGAUAGCAGCUGCAGCAGCGGCCGCCGCGUCACAUCAUCAUCAGAACACCAUGGCAGUGGCGGCUUCUCAGGCGGCCAGUUUGGCCAGUCUGCAUCCAGCAAGUUGGUGGUCCAUGGCUCAACUGGCAGCUCAAGACUAUUUUACCCGCCUCCAAGCUUCCGGCCUCUCACCAUUCGCACAUCCCGAUGUGAUGGCUGCAUUUGGUCCAGCAGCUCUGGGUCUAGGUGGUGCAGCCGGUGCCGGUGGUACAGGAGUCAACAGCGCCGGUAGUGGUGUCGGUGCUUUGGGUGCCGGUGCGGGUGGCAGUAAUGUAGGCAGUGGCAGCAGUUCAUCAUCGAGCAGCAAAUCAAGUAAAUCCCGCAAAGAGAAACGCCAGCAACAGCAGCAGGCACAACAACAGCAACAACAGAAUCUAGCUGCAGCUGCAGCGGCGGCAGCAGCAGCGGCCGUUAGUGCUAAUCCGGCGGCGGCUUUGGCUGGCAUGCACGGUUUGGUUGGUGCCGGUGGUUCGCUUAACUCCUCUGCGAUGGGCAUGGGUGGUAGUGGCAGUGCAGGCAAUACCACGGGUGUUGGUGGCAGUAGCGGCGGCAGUAGUUCGUCGUACAAAUCGAGCUCAACCAGUUAUAGCAAACCAUCUGUUAGUCCGGUUUUACCGCCACCACCCGGUUCGGCAUACGAUCCAGUGCAGCUGCAUAAAGAAUUGUUGGCAAUGCAAGUGGCAGCCGCGUCCGGUGGCUCUUCCAGUUCCUCAUCGUCGAAGAAGUCCUCAUCGCAUCAUCAUACACAGUCACAUCAGAGCAGCAGCAACAACAACAGCAGUAGUGGUGGUGGCGGUGGCAGUGGUGGUAGCAGUGGCUUAGGCAUGUCCAGUGGCGCUUCCUCGUCGCUCGGCGGCAGCAGCAGCAACAAUUCCAAUAAAAACUCACCCAUGAGCAGUGUCGGCAAUGCGGCCAUGCAUCAUUUGAGCGCCUUGGGUGGUAAUGUGGGCGGCAGCAAUUCCACAGCGCAUCACAUAAAUGCGUUAAUGUCGCCGCACGGUUCAUUGGGCGGCAGCAGUGGCAUGGGUAGCGGUGGCAGUAAUAUGGGUGCUAGCAGUAGUGGUGGCAGCAAUAGUUCGGCAUCGAGCAGUAAAGUAGAACGUGACAAGAAUAACGCUUCGUUAAAUGCGCUCAGCUCGCUUUCGCAGUUCGGCGCACUCGGUAUGAGCCCUCAGCAAAGUAUGCAGGCCGCAAUGAACGCGUUUGCUGCAUCUAAUCCGGCAGCUGCGGCCGCAGCGGCAGCAGCAGCGUCGGCGGCGGUCGGUGGUGGCAAAGGUGGCAAAGACUACAUGCCAAGUGGCAUACUCAGUGCUGCACUGGAAGGAAAUGAUCACCAAUCCUUACUGGGUGUACGACUGCCGCCCGAUACGGAGAUCAUCAAGUAUACAUCGUCGAUUGUGGGACCCAAAAUACCCGGCACUACUUCACGUGGACGCAAGAAAACCAUUUCGGACGAACAACAACAGCAACAACAAUUACUCGCACAACAACAACAACUCCAGCAGCAGCAAUUGCAAAAACAAGAGCUGGACGCCACAAAUGCACUCUCCUCGCUGCUCUCCAUACCAGGUCUGAGUCCGGCCAAGCGGGCACGCCUCGAAAUGGAGUAUGCAGCAAUGGCGGCAGCGGUUAAUGUAGCCCAACAGCAACAACACCAGCAGCAGCAGCAACAGCAGGCCCAACAACAGGCGCAACAACAAGCGCAGCAGCAACAACAACAGGCGCAACAGCAAGCGCAGCAGCAGCAACAACAGGUACAACAACAGCAACAAGCACAACAACAAUUGCAACAGCAACACCAGCAUGCUUUAAAUGUGGCCGCAGCUAGCGGUUUCGGUGGCAUCGGUGUUGGUGGCACAAAUGCCACCACCGCGGCACAAGCAGCAGCGGCGGCGGCGGCUGCAGCAGCGGCGCUCGGACAAUUGAGUGGUCCGGCGGCAGCGGCAGCCUUAAGCGCCAGUGGACUUGGCAUGGGUGCACCAAUGGGCUUGCCCGGACUCGGCGGUUUGGGUGCUUUGGGUGGGGUUGGCGGCUUAGGCAACCCAACCGGACGUCUAGAUACGCACGCACUGGGCGCAACCACGCUGAGUGCCACACCUAGCAAUAGUCGUGACUCAUCAACGGACCGUGUGGAAGUGAUAAAACUACCGCCAACAAUCACCUCGAACGGCGCCUACAAUCUUUCGAAUAAAAACAAAGACUUGCUUGAUUUGACGGGAGACAAUAGCAGCGGUGCUGGUGUGAACCUCAGCAUGAAAUCAUCCACCUCCACCGCUACGACCAAUGCCACAACGGUAGCCUCGGCGCUUAUCGGUACCGCGGCCAAUCCCAUAAUGAUCGAAGACUAUGAUGCGCCAUUGAAUUUGUCAAUGAAACCGGCUGACAAACAGAGUUCCUCCGCCUGUAUGUCAUCCUCAAUGGUGGGCGGCAGUAGCGACUACAGCAGUCCGGUGAAUAUGGGCGGCACCGUGGCAGUGCCUACGGGCAGCGGCGGUUCGAAUAGUUUGCAAAGCUUGACUUCGAUAACAGCAGCGCUGGGCGGUGGCAGUAGCACACCGCUGCCAGGUAGUGGCGCCAGCAGCAGUGGUGGAAAUGCGGGUAGCAGCGGUUCGGCCGGUUCCAGUAGCGGCGGUGGUGGUAGUGGUGGUGAACGUUCAGGGCAACCGCCUUUUAAGGAGGGGCGGCCGCGCAAUCUCGGACGCGGCGUGUCGAAACCGAAGAAGAACACCGUCGCUUCAUUGCUGGCACAGUCUCGUGCAGUGGGCAUAAAACCAAUGCUAGCUACACAGCAGUUGCUACAGCAAGGCGCCGAUUUGGAGAAAAUCCGACAGGCAUUGAAUGAAGCGAAUGCACAAUUGGACCUCUCGACCGACUCCGAAAGCGUUGCCGCCGAAAGUGGGCUUUCCGAAUCGGAGAGCGAAGAUGCCAACAUUCUAAAUGUAACCGAAUUACGUGUGCCACUCGAUUUGGGCUGGAAGCGUGAGACGGUCAUACGUGGCCUAACGAAGGCCGGUCAAAUACGGGGCGAAGUUGUAUACUAUGCGCCCGGUAGUACAGUGCCGCUGAAGAACAUCGGUCAAGUGAUCUCUCAUUUGGAGAAGAAUCCAUCGAAGCUGACGCGUGACAAUUUCAGCUUUUCAUCACGUGCUAUAGUCGGUUCAUUCCUACAACCCGCACCACCGCCAUACGCCAACGAUGGCGAAUACAUACGCAUGACCGACGAAGAUGUCGCUAAGCGUUUGGAGGAUUUGAAGAUUUUCACACGCCAAACCUUGAAUGUGGAGCAACGCAUCGAGAUUGCUAAGCAACAGCAGGCCAUACGCGAUGCGAAGAAACAGCAGAAGGAGGAAAUGGCGCGCAACAAGGAAAAAGCACGGCAGGAAAAAAACGAGAAGCUUGAGCAGCAACGUAAAGAAAAGGAGUUAAAAAACCAGCAAAUGAUUGAGGCGCGCAAGAAGCGUCAGGAAGAACUAGAACGCAUCAAGCAAGAGGAGCUGCUCAAGAAACAACAGGAAAAAGAAAAGAAACGUCAAGAAGCUAUUUUAGCUAAAGAACAGGAACUCCAAAAACAAAAAGAAGCAUUACUUGCCGCCGAGAUGGAACGCGAACGCCGUCGUCAACAUAUGGCACUUGUGCGCCAGCUGGAGGCGCGCCGCAAGUUUGUCGAGCGUGAGAAGAAGAAGCAUCAAAUGAUCUUAGACCGUCUGAUAUUGCGCGAGAAGCGUAUGGCUAUACGAAAGCGUGACUCUGAAAUUUUAGCCCAAAUAAGAAAACCAAAUGAGGAUUCUGAAGUUGCACAUCCGCACGAGUUGCCCGAGCUGGAACGCAUCGGUGGAAAUCGUUUGCCUGGUCAAGCUAUGGCCGAUCUGCUGAUGGUAUUCGAAUUCUUGCAUAACUUUGGUGAAACUUUAGGGUUCGACAUGGAGUCACUGCCGAGCUUGCAGAAUCUGCAUGACGCACUGAUUAGUGACAGCAAUCCCGACGCUGAGGAGGAGCUGCUAUCUGUGAUGACCCAUCUGCUGGUGUGCGCCAUCGAAGAUCCCGGCAUACCGAAUCCGGGACGACACACCACACUGCUCGGACAAUCGUUGCGUAACGCCGACAUUACCAAUUCGAAUGUUUCGGAGAUACUACGCAUUUAUCUGUAUGCCACCGCCACCGGUGAGAUACGUCAACUGCACGGCAUAACCAUGGAUCGUGAGCGCGAGCGUCGCAUACCCGAUCAUCAUCAGGUGGACGCCGAAACCGCGUCGCAUUCAGGCAAAAAUGCCGAAUACUACAAAUUGCUACAUGAAAAUGAGACUUGGAAGCUAUCACAUUCGCUCAAGAAUCGUCCGUUCGUCGCAUUGAAUCCCACACGCAAGGCACAAAUACUCGCCCAUCUCUGCAAUGACCUGCUAAUGAACAAGGCGGUGCUGAAACAGAUCGACGGCAGCCUAGAGACAUGCGCACAAAUGCGCAAAGAGAAGUAUAUGACCGACAUGAAGGUGCGCAAAUAUAAGGCGCUGCAUCAACGCAAGGCGCGCAUUGAAGCGUACGAGAAGGCGCAGGCCGAACGCGAGGCGGCCAUGCAAGCCGCCAUUGUUGCGCAGCAGAAAGCCGAUGCCGAACGUAUGCAGAAGGAGGCGGAAGCCGCUGCGGCGGCCGCCGAAGCUGCGGCCAAUGCCGCCGCGGCAGCGACCACCAAUGUCGUGACAGCAGCGAAGCCGAGCGAAGAGAAAGAUGGCGACAGUGGCAACGCCGCAGCUGUUGAUGGCGUCAACGGUGGCGAAAACGCGGUCAGCAGCAACAUUAAUAAUCCCUCACCGACUGGCGCCGAGCAUAAUAAUAACAAUAGCAGCGGCGUCACCAACAAUGGUGAGCAUCACAGCAAGGAUGAGAACGAUAUAGCAACGGCGCAUGUCGAGAAAAUGGACAUUGACGGCGAUGUGUCCAUCAUUAAUAACUGCGAUGAAUCAAACAGUUUGAAAGCCGAAAAGGAUAAUCAGUCACUACCUUUGUGCGCAGACGCAAGCGCUGCAGCAGUUGUUGGCGCCAACAAUCUGGCGGAACCAACACUGCCACAUGUGUUGCCGAUGCCAACAUUACCUAACGUCUUCGAUGGUCUAAAAUACGAUCUGAGCCCCGCAAAGGGCUACAACAGCGACAACGCGGUGACGCCCAACAAGCAACCAAAGUUGGAUGAGUCCAUCGUUGGUGUGCCAGCCUACCAGAAUGGAAUCUCCAGCAUGCCAGCCGGUUUGUCGGGCGUUUGCCCUUCAUCAGCAAUGGCACACGUUGCAACGCCCGAUUUGAGUAAUCUGUUGCCGAAAAAGGGCAACGAUGAGCAGACAAUGCCAACCGAUGUGGGUUUGGACGAUGAUCUCAGCGACUUGGAAUCAGAGAUUACAAAUGUGGAGGAAGAUGAGGACAAUCGCUUGAGCGCCGAUGAGCUGCAGAAGAAGCUCGAUAAGAUAUUGCGCGCAUCCAUGAAUUGCAAAGAGUUGCUGGAGAAGAGCACCAAUCAGCUGCGCGCCACAUGUUUUGGACAAGAUCGUUUCUGGCGACGGUAUUGGAAGUUGCCGAAGGCCGGCGGUAUCUUCAUCGAGGCAUUAGAAUCUGCACAGAACGAUAUAUUCCACUAUCAGGAGGUUUUGGAAGUGGAUGCUGAGGAGGCGCGUGCUGCUAAACUAUUGAAUGGCGAAAGUGAGGCUAAGCAGGAGUGCAAAGAAGAGGACAGCGAAGAAGCUGAUGAGGAGGGUGCAGAUACAGAGAAUGCUGACGAAGGUGCUGAGGUCGAUUGCAACAAGGAAAGUGGCAACGUAUGUAAAAAUGAUGAGGAUGAAGGCGAAUUUACGGAGGCCACAGCUACAACUUUAGCCGUGAAGGAGCCAGUUGAAAAAAUGCAAGUCGAUGACGUAGCCGAAGUGACUACAACCAAUCCAAAUGUCAUAAACACCAACAACAACACCAAUGGCAAUAUAUGCAAUAUUACGCCCGCAGCGGUGAUAGACGAUGACGACGAUGACGUUGUGCUCACUAGCAAAGACGAACCGGAGAUUGUCGAUUUGCGCGAUGACGAUGACGACGAUGAUGACGUCGUGCAUACCGCCACAAUACCAGCGCCGAAGCACAUGGAUAUCGAUGUGGACAACUACGGCUUGAGUAAAAAGCCACAUGUGGACGCAGCCACCAUCUCCACCAAGACCGACUUCGAGGCCGAGAUUAAAAUACCAGCCAUACCGGCGCAAUUCAAUGCAGCAAUUGCCGCUGCUGCCGCCGCCGCCGCCGCCGCCGCUGCAGCUGCAGCCAAUGCGAACGCCACAAACACCACGACGACAAAUGCUAUCGGCGAAAAAAACUGUGAUAAAAAUGAGAUUGCAAUGUUGUCGCCGUCAGCGUCCGGCUCUGCGUCGCCGAUGACGAUGCCAACACCGACAUCAACACCGAUGCCGAUGCCAAUGCCAUUACCGAUGUCGCUGCCAGCAGUAACGGGUUUAACAGGCAGCGCCAACAACACAAUAGUCAGUUGCAGCAACAGCAACAACAACAAUGCAGCAAUAAUAACUAGCGCUCCAAGCACCGUCGCUGGCAGCAUUGGCGUCACGGAUGUGAGCAGCACGACAGCAGCCAUUAUCGAUAGCGUUGUGAAGGCCGAGGACUUAAAGAAGGAGGACGACUGCAUUAUCGUGUCGGCCACGAGCGCCGAUGAUGCGCUCUUCAAACAGCCGGUAAAUGUCUCAGAUAAGUGGUUUUCGAUACUCGAUCGCGAAUUGCCAUUGAUGUCGACCGAGCCGAUGGAUGAAGCCAGUCUCAAAGAGUACAAGAUGUCUAUCGCAAAUAUCUCAUGCGACUCUCUCUUCCAGACACAGGGCCAUCCGUGGGAGGUGCAGAAUGUCGUGCCGUUCUUCAACGUAACACUGGACGAAUGCAAAGUGGAUCCAAGCAAAUUCGUGCAGGAGUGCAUAUUAUCACUUUCCGGCCUCGACGAGAAACGAAUGGAGGCGAAGUUACGUGAAUAUGAGCAGAAAAUGCUUUUGGCAGCGAACGCAGCCGCCGACGACCCGGAUGCCGAUACAGCGUUGGCAUCACUGGCGGACUCAAAAAACUGCCUAGAGUCUCCUCGUCAGCGAUUGAAGAGUGAGGAUGCCGCGGAGAGCGGUGAUGAGGAGGAAGAGGAUGAGCAAAAGUACGAAAGCGACUGCAAACCAUCCACAUCAGCGGCGGCUGCUGCUGUCAAAUCAUCAACAACGCCAGCCAUCAAAACAGACGCAGUGAAGGGUGAGGAACAUGAAGACGAUCGCGCAGAAGAGAAAAAGUUCUUUCCAUAUUUGAAUGACACAAAAGCCGAGAGCGGUGUCGAGUGCAAGCCAAACAAAGACGCCAACGAUGCUGCCAACGGUGAAGCCAAAGAACAGGACUUCAACACGGUCAGACUGGAAAUACGCAUGGACGACAUCGCCGGCAUGUCCAUACAGAAUUUAGCCAAUAUGUCACUGCAAAAUCUCACCACAUUCCUGCAAUACGACGUUCAAACGCCGCUCUCAAUGACACCGGAAGAGCAAAAGCAAUUGGAGAAAGUGAAAAAAGAAGGCUUUCCCAAAAAGUUGGUCGGCUCAUAUGUAUCACGUGAUCUACGAUACGGCUGGUGGAAGCUCGACACUUUCGAAAUGUUGCAGCGCGUCAUCGAUACGCUCGAUGCGAGCGGUUUACGCGAACGCGAUCUACAAGAGAAUCUCUUGCGCUUCAUGCAACAAGAGGAUCCGCCCACCAUCGGUAUCAAAUAUCCGCUCGCAAGCAAACCAGACGAAGAUGUGCCAUACAUGCAACCGGACAAGCCACACGAUUGGAAUCCAAAGAUAGCCAAACGCACCGAACUUGCGCUGCUCGAUCAACUCGAAGCUUUGGAGGACAAAAUCGCCAGCGCCUCUAUGCAAUUGAAGAAUUGGCAACUGCCACCGCGCAUCGAAAACGAAAUCAAUCUCGAACUGGAAGAUGUCACUGAAGAAGACUUCAUUAGCAUCAUACCAAUGAUACGUGAACGCAUCAUCGAUCUGGAGGCGAACAUUGAGCGUCGCUACUUGAAACCGCCGCUCGGCUCGCAAACCGGUGACGCUCACUUGGCGGUUAUCGCACAAAAUCAGCACACCACCACACAGACGCAGAACUCGGCUGCCGCUGCGGCGUUUCUCCUGCAAAUGCAACAACAACAGGCUGCACAACAACAGCUCAUCAAUAUGCAAACGCAACAAACACAGAAUGUCAUCAACGCUUCGGCCUUCAAUGAGCGCGCCAUGGCUAUAGCGGCUGCCAAUGCUGCCGCUGCCGCCGCCGCUGCUGGCAACGCAGGCACGGAUGCAGCGGGCGGUCACACAGCCAACACCAGCGGCAACAAUUCGGGUGGCGACUCGCCCGCAAGCAAUUGUGACAGCGAGAAGGACGAGAAGGUGGAGAAUGUACCCAAAGGCUUGGCGUCGUGGCGUGACGCGGUCGCUCGUUCGCACACUACCGCGCAGCUGGCAAUGGCGCUCUACGUGCUGGAGUCGUGUGUCGCCUGGGACAAGAGCAUCAUGAAAGCGUACUGCCAGUUUUGUACGUCUGGCGAGAACGAGGAUAAGCUGCUGUUGUGCGACGGCUGCGACAAAGGCUAUCACACCUACUGCUUCAAACCGAAAAUGGACAAUAUACCCGAUGGUGAUUGGUAUUGCUAUGAAUGCGUCAAUAAGGCGACGAACGAACGCAAAUGUAUCGUCUGCGGUGGCUUGCGGCCCUCACCCGUUGGCAAAAUGAUCUAUUGUGAUUUAUGUCCGCGCGCUUAUCAUGCCGACUGCUACAUACCGCCGCUGCUGAAAGUGCCACGCGGCAAGUGGUACUGUCACGGUUGCAUCACGAAGGCACCGCCGCCGAAGAAGCGCACGAGCAGUAAACCGCGACGUGAUCGUGACUCCUCGAAGCGACGCGAUCGUCACAGCAACUCAUCGACUUCAUCGAAUAUAGACAUACAACAACAGCAACAACAACAUCAGCAACAGCAACACCAAUUACAGCUACAACAACAGGCUGCGGUUCUAGCGCAGGCGCAGGCCAUGGCAGCUGCCUCGGCGGAACACCACCUGCACAAUUCAUCGCAGCUAUCGCUGAAUUCGUCGCAUGACGAGUCGAUGACCUCGUUACCGACGCCGCUCAGUCCGGCGCAUUCGAUUGCCUCCACCACAUUCGAUGAUCAGCAGCACAAUAACUCGAUUGACGCGACGCGUUUUCAGCAUCAACAGCAACUGCAACAACAUCAGCAGCAGCCGCAACAACAACAGCAACAAAUGGUUGGUGGUAAUGCUGCCGCUUUGGCAGUGGGUAUGCAUGUUGGCGCUGGUGUAGGUAUGACCGCACCAACUACAAUGUUACCAGAUGCUAGUGGCGCAACGCCGCUGGUGCACAACAACAUACUCGGUGCACAUUUGACGAAUAACGAGUACGCGACAACAGAUGGCUGCAGAGAUGGCGCUCCGGCCACAGCAACCGCUAUGUUAAAUCCCAUGACUGGCGGCGUCCUUCCGCUUGCGCCGCCCAUUUUCAACAGCGCAACUUCAAGUGGCUAUGCGACGCCACAAACUCCACACGCGCCACUAUUAGCCAGUGGCACGUUGCUGCCACACGCGACGCCAUCCACCCUGCCAACAGUAAGUAGCGCGGCCGGUGGCGCAUCCACAGUGCCCGUUAACUACAUGGCGCUGACCGCCAGCCAGCAACAGCAUCUCGCACAUCUGCAAAUGAACAGUAACGGUGGCGUGCAGUUGCCACCGCCAUCGUCACCCUACAAUGCAGCCGCGCAAUCGCCGCUGCCGCCACCCACACUACUGCCGCCCACAAGCGCUCUGAGCACAUCGCCACAACCAGCCACAACACUACCGCUCAUUAUGCCGCCAACCGGCAUGGGUCAACAACAACAACAACAGCCACAAUUGUCACCGCUGCUACAAUCAUCGAUUUUGUCGCCACAACACCACAGCAGCAAUCAUGCGCCGACGGCCGCCAACAUGCACUCGCCGCGUGCCAGCACGCCAACACAACACUCACCGCAAACGGUUGGACACCACUCGCAGUCGCAAUCGCCGGCCGCUCAUCAGUUUGGCGGUCUCUCGCCGAUGACAUCGUCGCCAAUGAGCCAAUGCGGUACACCACAACCACAACCACCACCGCCGCCGCCACUGAAUAUCCAUGCGGUGCAGGAGGCGAAAGAGAAGCUGAAGCAGGAGAAGAAGGAGAAGCACGCCACCAAGAAGCUGAUGAAGGAGUUGGCCAUAUGCAAAACACUGCUUGGCGAAAUGGAGUUGCACGAAGAUUCGUGGCCAUUCUUGCUGCCAGUGAAUACCAAACAAUUUCCGACCUAUCGUAAGAUUAUUAAAAAUCCCAUGGACUUGUCCACAAUCAAGAAACGCUUACAGGACUUGACCUACAAAAGUCGCGAAGACUUCUGCGUUGACGUCCGUCAAAUAUUUGACAACUGUGAAAUGUUCAAUGAGGAUGACUCGCCGGUCGGCAAGGCGGGUCACGGCAUGCGCAAAUUUUUCGAGCUGCGCUGGGCUGAGUUGACCGACAAGCACUCAUGAUAUCAAAUGCAUCACCACCUCAAGUAUUCUAGUGAUUAAGUGAACACAAAGCUGAAGAAGAGAAAAGUAAAAUGCAAAUCCAUAUUCAAAAAAUGCGCAGCAGUAAAAUUAGAAGAGAGUAAAUGUUAGUAGAAGGCAGAAAAAAAUCAUAUGAAAAACUAAAAUUUUUAAUUAUCCAAAAAAAAACAAAUAAAUUCAAAAUUUAUUAAAAAAAAAACAGUAAAAAAGCAAUUUUAAGUGAAAUCAUAUGAAUCUUUCGGCACACAACAAAAACAAACAUUCAGGCUAAGCAUAUUACAUAAUUAUUAACGAUUGCUUGGACAAGUGUGGCAACCAUCUGAAGCAAGCACGAAGCAGUCACAACACAAUAAAGAAGGCAAAAGCUAAAUAAGGAAGAAGAAGAUACACUAACAGUGAUGUGGUAUUUAUAAAUAUACAUAUACAUACAUACAUAUAUAUAUAUAUAUAUAUAUUUAGUAACUUGCAUGCAUAUGUAGUAUAUAGUGCAUAUGCAUAGUCGGUUAGUUAAGAGAAAUGUUGAUAAUAACUAAUGUAUUAUUUUCAAAACAAAAGAAACUCAAAAAACAAAAACAAAGAAAUUGUAACGAAAUAUAUCAGCAAUCAUGUAAAAGGCUAAAAGAAAGCAAAAAAAGAUAAACGUAAAAGAAA